GUGACGCACUCAAAACGUGUUGGUAUAAUUGUAAGAGGUAUUUUUCGUGGUUGGUCUAUCAAAAAAAAAUUAGGUCGUUUAUGUAUUAUGUUUUUCAACUUAAUAUUUCAUGGACGGGAGCGACAUUGAUCGCACUUUGGUGGUAGGACAUGUUAGCAGCACCGAUGAACUGGGAGAUGCCGCAACUACCUUCAAUCUUGGGGCUCUUGUUUCUGAGCAAGAGAAGGCUAGUUUCCAGGUAGCCGGAAUGGAGGCAGGCGCAUUGAUCGACAAUGUACGUCAGCAUGUGGCCGUGCAGGAUAUCGCUACGGCCCGCUUGGUAACUGCUGAAGGAGACACCUUGCACGCAGCUACACUAGAUGAAGCUGGUAUAACAGAAGAGGCGCUCUCUGCAUCUGACAUGGUCACUACCAUUAGGAUUCACCCAGAACUUGUGUGUAGUCUGGAAUCCGUUGUCACUUCAACAGCAUUGAACGUUCCUGGUGGCGCCAAUGUAUUGUACGUUAAUGUGCCAAACCUGGAACAUGCUACGCCAGGUCAGCCUUUGAACAGUCAAGGGUCAGUAGUGUAUGCCCAGGCAUUAGCUAACGGUCAACAGGCAAUACUGACAAGCAACAUCACAGAGACAAAGGUCAAUGGAGAGGCUCCAAAGAAGAGAAAAGGAGGUUGGCCAAAGGGGAGGAAGCGCAAGAGAGAUCCUCUGAAAGAUGCGAAUGCACCCAAAGCACCAACUACAGCGUAUGUCUUUUUUUCGAAUGAGCAGAGGCUAAAAGUAAAGAAGGAGAACCCAGACAUGAGUUUCACCGAAAUUACAAAACUCCUUGGCAACCAGUGGUCAUCAUUAAAUGAAGAUGAGAAAAAGAAAUAUAUCGAAAAUGCAGAAUCUGAUAAGCGGCGAUACAUAAAUGAUUUGAAAGCAUAUCAGCAAACUGACCUAUACCAGAUGUUAAUGAAGAAACAGGCAGCUAGAAAAUUUAAGAAUCUUGUUGGUGUUGAUCCUGAUGCCCUUGAACCGGAUAUAGAAUCAACAUUGCUUAGUGGCAUGAACAUGGAGGACGAUGACCCCAGUGACCUCUUUUGUAAAACAUGUGACCAGUAUUUCAGCUCGAUGCAUAAUAAAAAAGAGCACUUGUACGGGAAACAGCACUUGCUAAAUCUUACCGGAAAACUCUGCGAGGUUGAAAAGGAAUUGUUUGAUAUGGAAAAUAGCAAUCAGCAAGAAGCGGCAAUGACCAGCUUGGAAUCAAAUACGGAAUUCACAGAAAUUGAAAGUGUUCUCACGCCAAAGAGGAUUCUUCCAGCUCCAAUCAACUUAGAACAAUUUAAAGAUGAAUUUAUAGAACUCAAUGCAGCACGUGAACUGGAGAUGCGGAUCUUGAGAAAACGACAAGAAGAAAUGAUGGAACUAAAUAUGAUACUCAAUAGGGACUUGAAAGAGUUACAGAAUACGAUAUGUAAACAAGAAGAAGAUUUCAAGAACCUGCAGACAUAUGGAGCUGCCCUCCAAAGACAGCUGGAUGGGUUGCGAAUGAUCCCUACGCUUUUCGGUGUUAUCAACUUCUGACGAUGGUUUUUGCCCAUCUGUUGGGCCAGCCCACCCGACCGUGUGCCUAUCGGUGGGGGCCAGACCUGUUUUACAGCUGGAUUAUGACAAGAAAUUAAGAAAAAUGAAUAUUCAAAUUAUUUUAAUGUUGUGCCCCAUACAUCACAUGUAUCUUGUCUAUUAUUAUUUUUAAUUGUAAACAUACUAACAUUUCUCUCCUGUGAUUCGCUGUUGUAUUGUAUGUGUAACAAUGUA